AUGAGUGCUGCCUUUGCAAGGAGUGCUGCCUUCGCAAGGAGUGCUGCCUUCGCAAGGAGAAAUGCCUUCCCAAGGAGUGCUGCCUUCGCAAGGAGUGCUGCCUUCGCAAGGAGUGCAGCCUUCGCACGUAGUGCUGCCUUCCCACGGAGUGCUGCCUUUGCACAGAGAUCUGCAUGCGCAGGGUGUGGUGCCUUCGCAAGAGGUGCUGCCUUCGGUAUUAGUGCUGCCUUCAAAAGGAGUGCUGCCUUCGCAAGGAGUACUGCCUUCGAAAGGAGUGCUGCCUUCGCAAGGAGUGCUGCCUUCGCUAGGAGUGUUGUCUUCGCAAGGAGGGCUGCCUUCGAGAGGAGGGCUGCCUUCGCAGGGAGUGCUGCCUUCGCAAGGGGUAAUGCAUUUUCAAGUAGUGCUGCCUUCUCAGGGAGUACUGCCUUUGCAACGAGUGCUGCCUCCCAAAGAGUGCUGCCAUCACAAGGAGUGCUGCCUUCGCAAGGAGUGCUGCCUUCGCAAGGAGUGCUGCCUUCGCAAGGAGUGCUCCCUUCGCAAUGA